GAAAGUAGAUUACGCAAUAGUCACAACAAACGUGUUCGGUAUACCGUGUAGAUCUAUAUCAAAUUCGAAAUGAAUAAGAACCUUAUUUUGACUGCUACUAGAACAAUUUAUCAGAGGAGAGGCUUGUGUCGGUUUUUUCAAACUAUUAAUUACAUAAAUAAGUCGAACAUACAACGAUUCAAUCGCCAGGUUUCCCAUUCUUCAAUAAAUUGGCCACGAACUGAAAGUAGAUGGAUGUCAUCAGACAACAGUGACUCGGAUUUACAUUCAAAGACAUCUCUUGGAAAAUUAAAACAGCUUAUGGCAAUACAAUUUACGUGUAAUGUAUGUGGAAGAAGAAAUUCUAAAACAUUUUCUAAAGUUGCUUACACAAAAGGGAUAGUUAUCAUCAGAUGCGACGGAUGCAAGAACAAUCACCUCAUUGCUGACAAUAUUGGGUGGUUCCAGCAUGUCAAAGGAAGAAACAUAGAAGAAAUUCUAGCAGAGAAGGGUGAAGAAGUGAAGAGACAUUUAGACGAUGGAUCGCUGGAAAUGGAAAUUGACAACAAAAUUAAUGAAGAUAAAAACUGAUUUUUUUUAAUUUAAAUUCUUUUCCAUGUUUUAAAAUUAGCUAUGGUGCAUGAUGGCAAAUUUGUGUUAAAAGUUGGCAUUGACAAAUUUUAUGUGCAAUCUAUACAUAAAAUGAUGUGCAAGCAC